GGGGCCGCGCCUGCGCGGGGCGGGACGAAGGCGGGGCGCCGCGAGUGGCGGGAGGCAGCGGCGCGAUGGCGGCGGCUGAGGGGCCGGAGCGGGACUCGGACGGGGACGGCGGCGAGGAGCUGGAGCUCACCCCGGCGCAGCUCAUCCGCAGCCUGGAGCAGGCCUGGCUGAAUGAGAAGUUCGCUCCGGAGCUGCUGGAGAGCAAACCCGAGAUCAUCGAGUGCGUUGUGGAGCAGCUGGACCAUAUGGAGGCAAACCUGAAACGGGCAAAGGGAGGAGACUUGAAGGUCAGCGUUCAUCGCAUGGAGAUUGAAAGGAUCCGCUACGUGCUCAGCAGCUACUUGCGAUGCAGGCUGGUGAAGAUAGAGAAGUUUUUCCCCCAUGUCCUGGAGAAGGAGAAGUCUCGAGCCGAAGGGGAGCCUUCCAUUCUAUCCCCAGAGGAGUUUGCUUUUGCUAAAGAGUACAUGGCAAACACAGAGACCUAUCUGAAAAACGUGGGCCUGAAACACAUGCCACCCAACCUGCAGAAGGUGUCUCUCCUAAAAUCAGUUCCAAAGCCCAACCUGGACUCCUUCGUGUUCCUGCGGGUGCUGGAGCGGCAGGAGAACAUCCUGGUCGAGCCAGAGAUUGAUGAGCAGAGGGAAUACACCAUCGACCUGGAGGAGGGCUCACAGCAUCUCAUCCGCUACAAGGUCAUUGCCCCACUGGUGGCCUCGGGAGCGGUGCAGCUCAUCUGAGGGCCGAGGGCUCCUGCCCCCGGUGAGCGCCCGCAGCCAUGCCGGUGGACCUGGCCGUGCGGCUCUGCCUGGGCCACUCGCCCCCCAUCCGCAAGCUGCUGAACUCCUACGAGGAGCUGCGGGGCAGCCGCGGGCGCAAACCCCUCCGGUCCUGCCUCAACCCGAAGCUGAGCGCGGAACCCGAGCCCGAGCGGAGGGAGAAGAGCGGGAACUCCAAGGGCCAGAAGAAGAAGAGGGUCGUGUUUGCUGACACAAAGGGGCUCUCGCUGACGGCUGUGCGCUUCUUCUCAAAGAUCGAGGAGGACCUGUGUGACUUGCAGCAUGCCCUGUCUGACCUCGCCUGCUUCCGACCUUGGCUGCGGGACUCGCACCCAGAAGCGUGCAGGUACGUGCUGGACUUCCCACAGCCCUCUGCAGACUACCUGGCCUUCCGCAGCCGCCUGCACAGCAACCUCGUCUGCCUGGAGAACUGCCUGAUCCAGGACCGUGCCCUGUCGGGGACAGUGAAGGUCAGAAACAUUGAGUACGAGAAGAAGGUCAUGGUCCGCAUCACCUUUGAUGGCUGGAAGAGCUUUCGGGACGUCUCCUGCCAGUACAUCCAUAGCACGUAUGGCUCAGCCGACACAGACAUCUUCUCCUUUGAGCUUGCCCUACCCAAGCCGUCUGUCUCCCGCAGGGCUGCAGAGUUCUGCAUCUCCUUCCAGUGUGGACAGAAGACCCACUGGGACAACAACCACGGGAGGAACUACAAGAUCUGCCACACGGGGAUGAUCCGGUCGCCCUCCCGUGCUGUCAAGAGCGCGGGCUGGGAGCCCCUGGGUGCCCCUGGGGCGGCUGCCCUGGUCCUGUCCCACCUGCAGAGCUGGCGGCGAGCGGAGGCCCAGGCUCCCUACUGGUAGGAGAGCAGAGGGUGCAGGUCCCUUCUGCCUCUGAUGGUGGCACGGGGGUCUCUGGGGAGGGGGCAGCCGCCCAAGAUGCAGCUCAUGGUUGUCUCCUCCGGGUGUCUGACCGGGCAGCUGCUGGUCUCCACGGGAGCUUCUUCCCUGCUGGCUCCUGCCCCAGAGCCUGGAGCUGCUGCCCUCUGUGACUCCUGCCCGCCGGCUCUCAAGGCCAGGGGAGCGACGAGGAACGGCCGUGACCCGAGGCUGAGCCCCUGCUGCCGCCCAAGUGCCUUGUGCGGAGCCGCUGUGGCGGCGGCAGCGGGACCACUGCCCUGCGGGGCUCCGUGCGGGCAGGCCCGGAGCUGCGGGGAGCGCCUCCGGUUGUUGGUGCUGUAACGGGGAGUUAAUAAAGUGACGGCGCUUCGCGA